UCGAAAAUGGCGUCUCCGUUCUGCACGCAUAAACGAAGUCCCGAGGUAGAAGAUGCGUUUGAGGUGAUGACUGAAGAGGAGUUCCGGCGGCACUUUCGUCUGUCCAAACGAACAGUGCGUAGCUUGUGCGACGAACUUGACUCCAUCAUCGGAUGCCAGCGAGCCAGUGGCCUUUCCACAGAGAGGAAGGUGUUGUGUGCCCUGCGAUUCUUUGCAACCGGGUCCUUCCAGGAGAGUGUAGGUUACGAAGAGUUCAUCGGCAUGUCUCAGGCCUCCGUCAGCGACACAAUUCAUGAAGUGGCGGAGGCUGUCAUCGUCCUUGGUAGGCGACGGAAGUUGGUGGACUUUCCGUUGACGGCGGCUGCCAAGGAAGAGGCGAAGGCGGCAUUCGCGCGACUUGGCCGCAUUCCUGGUGUACUUGCGUGCGUGGACGGCACACUGAUCGCCAUUGAGAAGCCGGAAGGCCUCAGCAUAGCGGACACGGCGAGCUUCAUGACCCGGAAGGGGUUUUAUGCACUCAACGUUAUGAUCGUGUGCGACGCAGACCUCCGCAUACUGGUCAUCGACCCCCGUUUUCCAGGGUCGUGCGACGACUCCUGGGUGUGGAGGCGCAACCCACUGUGGAAAUGCCUCGCCUCACAACUUCAGCCUGGUGAAUAUGUACUUGGUGACUCUGGCUAUCCUUUGGAGCCGUGGCUAAUGAUACCGGUUCCUGGCCAUCCACGCGCCGUCUCCCCCGAAGGCCUCUACAACAAGGAGCACACCACCAUGCGAAAUGUUGUGGAAAGGUGCAUCGAAGUGCUGAAGAGCAGGUUCCGCUGCUUGCAGCACUACAGGCCUCUGCUCUACAGGCCCUACCAAGCAGCGGCAAUUGUUUCUGCCUGCGCUGCUCUCCACAACAUGGCCUUGGAGGCAGGCGAGCCACUGUUCGAUGAGGACGACGACAGUGGAGAAGCACCAAGCGAUCCACACCAAGACGAUGCAGAGUAUGACAUCUACCUCAAGGGCAGGCAGCAACGCGAUGCAGUCGUCAGCCUGUUCCAGUGUGCACAAGGCAUGCCUGGCGACAGUGCACCACCGGCACCACAGGACUGAGUGACCUCUUUGUGGGCCGGCCCCGUCCCUGAGCUCCCGGAGGAUGGCCUCUUGUGCCGCGGCUGCACGCUCCGCUGCCUCCGCUGAAGCAGGGCUGUACUUUCCUCUGCAGCCAGGGCCAGUCUCCCCAUGCUGCAGCUUAUGGCCUGGAGCACCUGAAAUGAACGUGUGGAUAACCAUGACUUCUUCGCUACCAGCUGUCACCUGGAAGCUCUUGUUUGCAAGAAUCUGCGUGCGCACAACAAUUUCCUCUCUGACGAAUGGCCACUGGCCUCGCGGCAUCCAGUAGUGGUGCCAAGUGCGACGUACAAGCCAUGCACUGUUCGUUCGGACAGACCAAAGUCCUGCCAGAACUCCUCUUCAGUCAUCACCUCAAACGCACCUCAAACCUCCAAACAGCCCUUUUCAGGGCUAACCAACUGUGUGCCCGGCUGUAGCUCACUUGGAAGCUCAGACUCCGUUUCCAAAUACCUCAUGCAUUUCCAAUCGGUGCUCACAGUAUCUUAAUUUCUCACAGUCAUGAUUCCAUAAUGAAUGAAGAGUAAAAAUAAUUGUUCUCUUGCAAUAAGCUGCAAUAUACAAAUUGAUCUACUUAUCCUCAGCAUGUCUGCUCCCUGCACUAAACCGCGGGCACACUGUGACUGCAUAUCAGUCAACAAACACGUCAGUGCAACGUGCGCGUGGUUGUCGAGGUGGUCGAGCAGGCCGCCCUCGAGGUCCUGCGGUAGGGGGCUGGCGCUCUGGAAACGGGCAAUGUUUAAUGAACUUGCACUGCAUUGCACAUUACAUCUAAAGGUAGUGAUGCUGAUUUGAUGUGCUAAUGGGAUUCUUCACUUAAGUGUGAAAGCUAACUUCAACUAAUGGCUUGCAAAUGAGCAGCACUUACCAGAGGGUGUAGCAACAACUUCGGCGGCUCGCGUGCACCUGCAGUUGGUGCACAAGAGUGAAUGCAAUGCAAUUUUCCAUCUUAGGUACACACAUUUGGCAAAAAGGUAAAAACAUACAUAAAUACAAAUAAAAAAAAACCUUCACAAUGGCACUUACCUGACGUGGAGCUUGUGGCUGCCGCCUCCAUAGUCUGCACCACCUCCAUGGGUGCCGGAGGUGCAUCGUCCUGGUAAGUGUCAAGAACACAUAUAAGCCUCCCUUCACUACAAUGUGUUG